CAUUUUAGUCAAUGUAUUCUUCCUUUCCCCAUUCUCCUUAAUGUCAGUUAGACUAUUGUUAAGGGAGUUUGUGAUCGCCAAACCUCAGAGGCCUUUCGCUCUGGGAUUACGCGACUUUUCUACAAGAAAUUGCUUGUCCCACGCGCAUCAUGAUCAUUCUCAUGGUGAAGAAGAGGAGUCGAUUCUUUUCGCCGAAACGCUUAAGAAAAAUCCUCGUUCAGAAGAAGUCCGUUUGACAUGGUUAGGCCUUUAUAGCAAUGUCGCGCUUGCAAUAGGCAAAGGCCUUGGAGGAAUUCUUUUCCAUUCCAAUGUUUUGAUGGCUGAUGCGGCACAUCAAUUAGGAGACACUUUGUCGGACAUAGUUACUUUAUUUAGUCUCAGAUUUUGUCGAAAAAAACCUACAAAGCGUUUUCCUCUCGGUUUUGGUAAGUUUGAAAUGCUUGGCAGCUUAGGUGUUUCCGGAAUGCUUCUUGGAACAGCCUCUAUUAUUGCACUUUCUUCCGUCAACAAUUUAUAUGCACAACUGUCAACGAAUCCUGUUGUAACAGAGAACCUUCAUCUUUUGACAGAUGCCCAUUCACAUUCUCACACUGCGUCCGUUAUGACACAUCCCGUUCUCACUGUAUCGCUCGCUUUUGCCAGCGUAGUUGUUAAGGAAUGGCUUUUCCAGAAAACUUCUAAAUUGGCCAAGAAAACGGAGUCCAACGUGCUUGCGGCGAAUGCCUGGCAUCAUCGUGCUGAUGCCAUGACUAGUGUGGUGGCUUUAAUUACCCUCGUAGGCACUCAAAUUUGUCAUGCUCCUUGGCUAGAUCCGGCAGCUGGAUGCCUAGUCAGCUUAUUCGUGUUUAAAGCUGGUCUUGCGUCAACAAAGAAUGCAACUGCUCGACUCCUGGACUGUGCUCCUUCAGAGGUUGUUCAGGGUAAAGUUCGUUCAUGCGUUCAAGCAUACGACAAGUUUCCUUGCACAGUUUUGGCCGUUACCGGAAACGCAUACGGCGUUCAUGUGUCUGUGAACGUGCCCUCAAACAUCGACUUUACUGAAGCGUGUCAGACGGCAGACCAACUUCGUCAGAACAUACUGUCUGCUAUCCCAACUCUGGUAGCCUGUCAAGUAACUCCAUUGGUUGAGGGCUGCAAGCAAUACGAGCACUGGAAGGACGUCUUUCCGCCCGAAGAGGAGCACAGCCAUCAUCAUUAGCAUGACUGGGGAGCACAAAUUGCAACACGCCAGCGAUACUACUUGCACCACCUACACACAAAGCACUUACGCCUUUCUACAAACCGAAGUGAAUUAUGUUUUUUGAUACUUAAAUUCGUCGUCCUGUGAUAGGACGACAUUCGGUAACUGACAAUGGCCGUUCACUGAUCAGUUACCUUAAAACAUUCUCAACGUGCAUUCCUCAUGCCCUCCCAAGAAACACAAAACUAAUAAUUUUUGAACGAUCAGGGAAACGGAAGUAAAAGCUCGACAUAUGCGGACCGUAAACAACUAUAUGUACAAACUCGCGAAUAUCCCUGUCUUAAAUGAGUUCCGAAACGCUCCAGUCCUCAUAACUACCGUCAGGCAAGUAGCGACGAACAAGCAGAGGAAUCUUUUUUUGGGCAAGCUCUUUCAUAGCAAUUUGUAAAGGAUCUGUUUCGCCUUCCAAAUCAACUAAAACGGGAGCAUUCAUACUAGUACAAGUUAGGUAUUGAAGGACAUGUGAGCGUGAUGAAACGAAGGGAAGACGAAAAUGCUGAAUAUCAAAGAUCAGUGAAUCAAACCCACUUUUCUUCUUCAUUUUUUCUCCUCAUCCUUCUCCUCCGAUAAACUUACCUGAUUUGAAGAGCACGAGUACCAAGAAUACGAGCACGCUCAUAUUUUGUCAUAUAAGGAGUCGUCCGUCUAUCAGCUCCUGUGAUAGCUUUUGCGGAGGUGCCACUGCUAGAAGCAGCUGCAGCUGCCGCUGCUGCAACGUCUCCGCUGACCACAACGUUCGAUCGGUUUGCGGCGUCCUCGGUUCCUGCUGCUGCUGUCUCAGUCACCUCUACGUCCUCAACCUCUUCCUCCAUAUAGUUGCCUUCGGCUCCGUAAGCGUCAUCCUCCUCGUAGUCCGACAUGUUUGUUUACGUUGUGUAGUGCUGGUUCUGCGUGUGCAAGAGCUUCGAACUUUCCAAGGUGUUGAGGUUGUGGUGGAGAGCUGGAAACGAAUAGAAACAGGGUCAACGCAACAUAACACAUUCUUUGCUUAAAUGAGGAUUUUUGAGUCUUACAGCUCGACAGUUAUGUUUGUUAGAAUUUUCCGUUCCUUUUAAUAUGUAACAUGUCUAUAUUUCAUGCUGUUUUAUUUUUUAAGCCCCGCAACACUUUGAAAUCGCAGAUCCCCCGCGCGGGAAGCGCAACGGCCUUUAUAACUGGGGUAGAAAGCUUUCGCUUCCGGCAAACCACAAUAACUUGUCGAAAGCCAUUCC